GCCCCACAAUUGCUCAUAAUGACCCAGAAGGGCCAGAACGAUCUUCCUCAGCUCUUUCUGUACGUUUCUCGUCAACCAAACCGGAACCGUUCCAGACGCCACAUUCUGUGUUCUGGAGAAUGCGAUCCGCAACCUACUGAGGCCCGUAUAAUCCAGAAUGGCGUCCAACUUAUUCAAGCUGGUGCUAGUCUUAUCAGUGCUUUCCGUUGUAUUUCCACGGUCCCAAUCUGCGGUUUCGAGCAUAGAUCUGGGCUCCCAAUGGCUAAAAGUCGCGGUCGUGAACCUAAAACCUGGACAGAGCCCAAUCUCGAUCGCGAUCAACGAGAUGUCGAAACGUAAAUCCCCGGCCUUUGUGUCAUUCCAGUCCGGUACUCGCCUCCUCGGCGAAGAAGCGGCUGGGCUUGUCGCUCGGUACCCCGAUAAAGUCUAUUCUCAAAUCCGCGACAUACUUGGAAAGCCCUAUAAUUACACAAAGAACUUUCUGGAUUCAGUGUACUUACCGUUCACAAUUAUAGAAGAUCCUAGAGGCGCUGUCAGUUUUAAAACCAAUGAUGACGCUUCCAUUUAUUCAGUUGAGGAGUUACUAGCGAUGAUUUUGGGUUACGCGGUAAAUUUGGCGGAGGUUCAUUCGAAGGUGCAGGUGAAAGACGCAGUGAUUACAGUGCCACCGUAUUUUGGGCAAGCGGAGCGGAGAGGGUUGCUUCAGGCGGCGCAUUUGGCUGGGGUUAAUGUGCUUUCAUUGGUAAAUGAGCAUUCGGGGGCAGCGUUGCAGUAUGGCAUUGAUAAGGAUUUCUCAAAUGGCUCGAGGCAGGUUAUACUCUAUGAUAUGGGUUCAAGCAGUACUUAUGCUGCGCUUGUGCAUUACUCGGCAUAUAGUGCUAAAGAGUAUGGGAAGACUGUGUCAGUCAACCAAUUCCAGGUCAAGGAUGUUAGAUGGGACCCAGAGCUUGGGGGUCAGAGUAUGGAAUUACGGUUGGUGGAGUACUUUGCAGAUGAGUUCAAUGAACAAGUUGGAAAUGGGGUUGAUGUGCGCAAGUCUUCCAAGGCAAUGGCUAAAUUGAAGAAACAGGUUAAACGUACAAAAGAAAUUCUAAGUGCAAACACAGUGGCUCCAAUAUCAGUUGAAUCCCUCUAUGAUGAUCGAGACUUCAGGAGCACCAUAUCUCGUGAGAAGUUUGAAGAGCUCUGUGAAGAUCUGUGGGAGAAAGCUCUUGUUCCUCUGAAAGAAGUGCUCAAGAAUUCUGGUUUGAAGGUGGAUGAAAUAUAUGCGGUGGAGUUGAUAGGAGGUGGUACUAGGGUCCCAAAGUUGCAGGCCAAGCUCCAGGAAUUUAUUGGGAGAAAAGAGCUGGACAAACAUCUGGAUGCUGAUGAAGCUAUAGUUCUUGGUGCAGCCCUGCAUGCUGCGAAUCUAAGUGAUGGCAUCAAAUUGAAUCGUAAGCUUGGAAUGAUUGAUGGUUCUUCCUAUGGGUUUGUUUUUGAGUUAGACGGCCCUGAUCUUAUGAAAGAUGAGAGCACUAGGCAGCUACUUGUACAACGAAUGAAGAAACUUCCCAGUAAGAUUUUCAGAUCCAUUACCCACAACAAAGAUUUUGAAGUUUCACUUGCUUAUGAGAAUGAUCUUUUACCACCGGGUGUUACCUCUCCCAUGUUUGCUCAGUACAAUGUGUCUGGUUUGACAGAUGCAAGUGAGAAGUAUUUGUUCCGGAAUUUGUCCUCUCCCAUCAAGACAAAUUUGCAUUUCUCUCUCAGUAGAAGUGGAAUUCUUUCUUUGGAUCGGGCAGAUGCUGUUAUUGAAAUAUCAGAAUGGGUAGAAGUUCCUAAAAAGGAUCUGACCCUGGAUAAUUCAACUACUUCUUCCCCCAACAUAUCAGUUGAAGCUGAUGCAAAAACUGCUUCUGAAGAAAGUAAUGACAACUUGCAUGUGGAUGGCGGGGUUAGUAACACAUCAAGCUCUAACGUAGAAGAACAUAAUACCAUUGAUCUUGGUACAGAAAGGAAGCUGAAAAAGAGGACGUUUAGGAUUCCACUUAAGAUUGUUGAAAAGACAAUGGGACCUGGAAUGUCUCUUUCAAAAGAAUAUCUUUCUGAAGCUAAACGUAAAAUAGAAGCGUUGGAUAAAAAGGAUGCAGAGCGAAGAAGAACUGCGGAGUUAAAAAAUAACUUGGAAGGAUAUAUUUAUGCCACUAAAGAAAAGCUUCAAUCAUCUGAAGAGUUGGAACAAGUUUCUACUAAUGAGGAACGCCAAUCUUUUAAUGAAAAGCUUGAUGAGGUGCAAGAUUGGUUGUAUACCGACGGUGAAGAUGCUACUGCUACAGAGUUUCAGGAGCGCCUAGAUAUGUUAAAAGAUGCCAGUGGCCCCAUGUUCUUUAGACUGAAAGAGCUUACUGCACGGCCAGCAGCAACUGAACAUGCUCGAAGAUAUCUUAUUGAGCUUCAACAGAUAGUACAUGGCUGGAAGACAAACAAAUCUUGGCUUCCUAAAGAUAAAAUAGAUGAGGUUUUGAGUGAUGCCGACACAUUCAGGAUUUGGUUGGAUGAAAAAGAGUCUGAGCAGAAGAGGACCUCUGGUUUCAGUGCUCCGGUAUUCACGUCUGAAGAAGUAUAUACGAAGUUUUUCAAUCUGCAAGACAAGGUUACUAGCAUUAAUAGAAUUCCCAAGCCAAAGCCUAAAAUUGAGAAGCCUAUAAAGAAUGAAACUGAGAGCGGUGGGGAGAAUGCGACUAAUCCCAACUCGACUUUUGAGGAUAAUUUAAACCAAAGUGGCCAAUCAACCAUAGACCCCGAUGGCUCAUCGAAUGAAAAUAUUGACCCAGAGCCCAAGGUUCACGAUGAAUUAUGAUUGAUGAAGGAUGUAAUUAAUGUCUUAUUUUGGGGAAUCUACCUUCAUAAUUGGAAAUAUAUGAAUUAGCGCUAGAAGAUAGUGCAGAUGCUGCAAAUUUUUGUACCACAGAAGAAUACAGAGCUGAGCCUAUUUUUUAGGAGGGGUGGUUAUCAUAACUUCGAGAAUUUUUUUUUACAGAGUUUGAAGAAUAGUUGGAAAAUCCUUUUGUUAAUUAUAACGCGAUCUUGUUAUUCCACCGUAACUAAGUGGAGUGUAUCCUUAUUCACUAGCCCUUGUUGGAGAUUUUUGAAAGGGAUUUGAGAGAUUAUGUCUGUUUAUUUGAAAGGGAAUUUGACAUAUAUUCGAACUUCAUUCUUGAAAUAUAAAAACUUUCAAUUAA